CACAUAGUUUCUUUUACACAGAGUGUGCACUGGCACCUAAUCUGACGUCACUUCAACGGACAAGGAGAAAAAUAGAACAAUUGUAGAAGUUUAUGAGAGAAGAGGUUUGAGUGGACUGUAUGAGCUCUGUAUUGUUUUCUUGGAGAAAGGGACAACAUGCAAGCCUUCAUCCUCCUCUUCCUCAGUGAGAUCUUGCUGCUGAGACUGACCUCUGCAACCACACUGAAAGUGCAAAGACAAAACAUGAGGGUGCGUAUCAGCGCUGUUGGAGACACCAUUGUAUUCAAGUUCUUCCAGCCCCAUGUGGACACCAGACUGGAGGGAUACAUCCUGGGCUAUGGCAGCAGCAUGUUCUCCAAACAAUUCAUCCAGUUACCCGAGGAUGGACAACCCUAUGAGACUGAGAUCGAUGCUGAGCCCAAAUAUCUAAUUGCGGUACAGUCAAAGAAUCCUGAGGAACCUAAGAAAAAAUGUGCAGGGAAAGUGGAUCUAGAGAAACCAUUGAACAUUGUGAUCGGCUCGGUAACACAGUCGUCAGUGCUGCUGUCCUGGGGGACACUAAUGACCAGCCCCUUCAUGGAUACCGUUCUGGAUGACUGUUUUGAUGAAGGACAGUUCACAGUCCGCUACAGAGAGAAGGAACCUAGCGAUACCUGGAACUACCAGACCUGUCCAUCCACCAGCACGGUCAUCGACAACCUCAAACCAGGUGCUCUGUAUGAGUUUGCAGUCAGUGCAGACACCAACACAAACAGUGGAGUCUGGAGUCCAACGGCCAUCCAUAACACAGCUGAUCAAAUAAUAGAGCCAUGCAAAGAACUGAACCAGGCAAAGCCUAAGAAGCCAGUCUUAGUAAACCAGCAAUCAUUAUUGCCACCAGUUACAGUCUUAAACAACAUUAAUCAGACCAGAGCAGCCCCUCUUCUCAUACACACUAGCCUUCCAAAGCCAAGGAAAACUUCAGGGGCAGAAAAUCCCACGACAGUUCCUGACAAUCCACCUGCCUCCAACAUGGCCCUUCCUUCCUCUCACGCGUUUAUUAUUCUGCCCACGCCAAAGACCACAAGCACAGUUCGACCUCGAAACCUCACCAGUCAUCCCAGUACAACCCAAGCAGAUCUUAUCACAGAGCAACAUACUAGCAUAACCCCACAACAACCUACAACAUCUCAGCCACAACCUUCCAGAACCCAACAAAAAACCAGCACAACCCAACCACCACCCACUACAAUCCAACCAUAUACCAUCAAAACACAUAUCUCAGUCAAAGAUCAACCAUAUACAGCCAAACAGCUACUGAAUACAGCACAACACCAGUUUAGUGAAACAUCUUCUCCUAAUCCACCUACAACCAAACCACCAAUUCACCAAACUCCACAACUCGCCACAAGCACUAUCCAGGAACAUCCCCACCCAUCUAAGAAACAAGACACCAUAACUCAGGACAGUCUCCAUACAAGAAAAAUUCAGCCCAGUACCAAGCUGCAUCGAUUGAGCACAACCCAGCAUUCACGAGGCACGUCCAAACACCAAACCACUCACACUUACUUUCCAAAAACCACUUCUCACUACCAGUCCAGUACAAUUGCACAUUCUGAACAGCCAAACACCAAACCACCACCAACAACACAGAAUUGGUCCACAAACAGCCAUUCUCUGACAAACACAGCUUUGACUUCACCCACUACGUUAGCAAAUAUUGUCUUAGUAACAGACAAACAUACAGAUGUCUUAGUAUCACAGCUGAAAACCAAUGUUAGCAAACAUCCUCUUACCGAGAACAUACAGGAACGGAUUCCACAUCCUGUACCCAUAACCUUUUGGUACCAGCCUAGACCCAGCACCACAACAAAGCAUUCCAGCACCAUUAAACAGCAAGCUAGCACUGCUAAAUACAACCCAAAAACAGACUCCCAGAUUGAAAAUCGACAACCUACUCCUGAAGAAUGGUUGCCAGGUACCCCAAAAAACGUAUUAAAUCUCACACCUCAAACAGCUUUCACCAAAACCGAUGCCGUUCAAAACUCACCCGUGGCGGAGAAGGUAAAAGUGGGGACGAGUCUUCCAAGUCGACCAGCGGCUAGUUCCCAGCCAAAGGACGAACAGCUACUGUCACAGCCAACACUUACAAAUGAGGUGGCCAAUAGGAACGAGGGCAGAGGUAUCUUCCGCAACUCUUCUUCUGUGUUCCACCCCUUGGCACGAAAUGCUACACAUAGACUGAAGCCUCAUGGUCGUGUCACUCCUGUUCCCCCUAAAAUGCUUUUCAGGCCACCCUUCGGGUAUCGUAACUCAACUCUCAACAAGAAAAGGGUGCCCCAUGGUAAGCAGCAUCAUGGACUUUGGGGGUCCAAAAUUCAGAAGGGAACCAGAGAGCAACAUGUGAAGACAAAGCUGAACCUAGUCUCAAAGACUAAAGAAAAGAAAAAGGUUAUUGAUCUGAAGCAGAUGGACCCAGUACCAGAUUUGAAACCUCUAGCUCCACCUACUACUGAAAGACCAGCCAAACAACGGCCUUCAUCGACAACAACACCACAAUCUGUUUUUGAGGGGAGUCGUUUUGAUACCGGUGACAACUCCUCUGUGUUCAGCUCUCAUCCCCUAUCUGAGGUGGAUGCCACAGGGAAGAAACGUUUUGUAGCACCUCACGUGGUCUAUAGAACCGACAAACGUCCGGAGGAGCCCUGCUCUGUCACUCACUCGCUCAGCUUCUUUCCUGAUGAGGAGGUGGGGUACUUGAAUGUCACUGGCCCACCCAAGACCCCUCCAUCCAACCUUACUGUGGUCACAGUGGAAGGAUGCCCCUCCUUCAUCAUCCUUGACUGGGACAAAACAGACAAUGAGACCACAGAAUAUGAGGUAGUUUCCUCCACCAAGGGUCUGCAUGGAGAGGAGGUGUCCAUCGAGACAACAAAUCAAACACAUACAGCUGUGGAGAACCUGAAACCAGAGAGCAGUUAUGAAUUCAAAGUUACACCCAAAAAUGAGCUGGGUUCAGGCCCAGCCAGUGAACCAGUCACCUUCAGUACUGAGUCAGCUGAUCCUCGUGUGAGUGAGAUCCAAACUGGUAAAAAUGCCAUCUGGUCAUCAUUUCCAUUCAAGGCUGACUCGUACUCCGAGUGCAAUGGGCAGCAGUUCAUAAAGCGGACCUGGUACCGCAAGUUUGUGGGUAUCCAGUUGUGCAACUCUCUUAGAUACAAGAUCUACCUGAGCGACUCUCUUAAUGGGAAGUUCUACAGCAUAGGAGAUCAAACAGGGUAUGGGGAGGAUCACUGCCAAUUUGUUGACUCGUUCCUGGACGGACGAACCGGUGGUCCUCUUUCACCAGAUCAGUUACCACCAAGAAAAGGCUUUUACCGGGCCAUGCGUCAGGAGCCUGUCAAGUUUGGGGAGAUCGGAGGAAAUUCUAUGAUCAACUACAUGGCCUGGUACGAGUGUGGGAUACCCAUUCCUGGGAUGUGGUAGGACCCCGAGGAGCAGAUGGAAGAUGUGGUGAAUAAGAAACAUCAGUUGCCAAGGGAAAACAGCCUUUUUAUGGGAUGUUUGUGUACAGAGAAGGAUUUCAUUGGAGUAUGUAUCUGUAUUUUCAGGUAUCAGGCACAUAUAGAAUUAUUAUAAGCUGAAGUAGUGCAGCAAUCGUACAGAGCUAAAUGAAUAUUACUGUUGAGAUUAAGAAGUUGAACUUUUGGGAUUUUAGGGAAGCAGGCUCCCUUAAAGGCUAGAUGAAUGUGUAUAUUUUUUAUCAAAAUGUUGCAUAUGCCACUGAAACAAAAAUGACCACGACUUAAAUUUAAUGUUCCAGGGUUAAAACAGGUUUUGUAGACAGCAUCUACUCACAGACAGCAUCUGACAUUGUCAUCACAGAAAAUAAUUUUUUAUUUUGAACCAAAAAAUUGUUCACAUUAAUGUGAAUUGUUUUGAACAAAAAUUGUUCACAGUAAU